UUUUUGUAUUGCAAGGUGCUCUGUGUAUUGUGCACGCGCCGGGAAAAUAAAGUUUAACCGAACAAGCCUAAAUGUAAGGAGUUGUUCUGUAUAUAGUUUUGAUACAACUACUUAUUUGAAAGUUUUCCUUGUGCAGUCAUGGGAAAAAGAAAAGCUGAAGGAAAAAAGGAAGAAAGUACUGUCAAAAAGAAGAACAAGAGUUCUGCUGACCUGUGUAAGGAGUUUGGUGUGAAUGAUGUCAAUGUGGAGUAUACAGAGGCUGACUACCAGAACCUCUCCACUUACAGCAUCUUUGUCCAGCACAUACGACCACUGAUAUACCAGGCCAACACCAAAAUCUCAUCUUCAAAGACAUCCAAUCUGAUAGCAGCAAAGUGGAAAGAGUUUCAAGCUUCAAAUCCUUUCAAGAAGAUACCUAAGAGAAUCCCAUCAGACAAUGACAGCGAUGAGUCCAUGUCCAGUCGUGGUAGCCGCAGUAACAGCAGGGACAGGAAGCGGACAGCGUCGUCUAGGGAAUCGAGAGACAAAAAACCCAAGCCACUCAGGAUCAAGCUUCUUAGUGGGAAGACAAGACGUAGUUCUCGGGACAGGAAGACUCUGGUGAAAUUUGUGGAGGUAAGGAAGAGAUUCAAAGAAAGAGAGAAGAAGAAGGACAAGAAAAAGGAAGAAAAGAAACCUAAAAGAUCAAAGUUUUCCCAGAAGCUGACUGAGGACCCAGAGUACCUCCAGACCACAGGAGGAAAACUCCAUCCCUACCAACUGGAGGGUCUGAACUGGCUGAGGUUCUCCUGGGUUCAGAGAACUAAUACUAUACUGGCAGACGAGAUGGGGUUGGGGAAGACCAUACAGAGCAUCGCCUUCCUGUAUUCUUUGUGGAAGGAGGGUCACAGCUCAGGUCCCUUCCUGAUCAGUGCACCUCUGUCCACCAUCGUGAACUGGGAGAGAGAGUUUGAGUUCUGGGCGCCAGAGAUGUACGUGGUCACUUACGUCGGGGAGAAGAAAAGCAGACAGAGAAUAAGGGAUUAUGAGUUUUCAUACCAAGAGGAUGCCAUAAAGAGGUCUGUUCGCCCAAGCAAAAUGCGCGAAGGAGCACAGGUCAAGUUUGACGUCCUGCUCACCAAUUACGAGUUGAUCAGUUUGGACAAGACAACCUUGGGGUCAGUGGACUGGGAUGUCCUGGUGGUGGACGAGGCUCACAGGCUGAAGAACAACACAUCUCUGUUUUUCCGUGUUCUUAGUGAGUACAACAUUGCCUACAAACUGCUACUGACAGGCACACCAUUACAGAACAGCCUGGAGGAACUCUUCAACCUGCUCAACUUUAUGAGUCCUGGGAAAUUCGAUGAUAUGGAGCAAUUUUUAGAAGAAUUCUCAGACAUCUCCAAGGAUGAACAGGUGCUGAAGCUUCACGAGAUGUUGGGACCCCACCUCCUGCGCCGACUGAAAGCAGACGUUCUUAAAAAUAUACCAUCCAAGAGUGAAUUCAUUGUUAGAGUAGAACUCUCUCCUCUGCAGAAGAAAUUCUACAAGUACAUCCUAACACGUAACUUUGAGGCCCUGAACUCUAAAGGCAUGAACCGAGUGAGCUUGCAGAAUGUCAUGAUGGACCUCAGGAAGUGUUGUAAUCAUCCCUACCUCUUCCCUACAGCACAUGUGGAUGCACCCAAGGGUCCUCAUGGUGUAUAUGAAGGUAGCUCCCUGAUCAAGGCGUGUGGAAAACUGGAACUUCUCUCGAAGAUGCUCAAAGUGCUGAAGAGAACUAAUCACAGGGUGCUAAUCUUUUCACAGAUGACAAGAGUACUGGACAUCUUGGAGGAUUUCCUGAUUUAUGAAAAACUUGGAUUCGAGAGGAUAGAUGGCAGUAUAUCAGGACAAGCUAGGCAGGAGGCUAUAGACAGAUUCAAUG